GAGAGUAAACACCGUAACCUAAAUUUGUAACUCAAACGCCAGAGCGCGCGCAGCCAAGGCACAGAAGAGGAAUGGACUUGAACGAGAUAAAGGAAGUUUUGAGUAAGAAUAGGAUCGAAGAUGUCUCUUGGCUUUGUUCCCUCUCUGAAUCUGAGCUUGAUAUGUUAAUUAGCUUGAAACUGUUGGUUUUGCAACGGGCGAAAAUAAUUGGCCAUGAAGAAUUGGCUGAGAAAUUUGAUUUGAAGAUGCUUCGGGCUCUCGGGCUCAUUUUGAUGGAAUAUUCUAAGCGGAAGUUUAAGAAUUUGUCACUUAUUCCAGGCUCAGCUGAGCCUUCAUCAUAUAUCGAUGGUUGCAAUUUAUUGAAAUUAAAUCACUCUGAUAUUAUGAGCAUUGAAGAGCUAGCUUCAUGUAUUAACAUCGAUUCAAGAAGGAGACCACCAAAAAGACUGCAUGAAGAGGCUGCUGCUCUCAACCGGAAGAAACAGAAAAGCUGAAAGAAGAUCAUGACCGAGGAAUGGAAAACUAGAACCAGCAUGUCAAGUAAAAUGUCAAAGGUCAUUAAUCUCACUUAGAUGGAUAGUUCACCACUUCUUUGCCUUGCCAGGUUGUUUUCCCCAAGAGAAUCUUCUGUGGGAUGUAAUGUCGUGCUAUUGUGGCACAUUGUGAUUUGACGGAUGCACAAACACUUGUUCCACAAAAAAAUUUUGGUUCCCCUGUGGCAAUUUGCAACUUUUGUGAAUAUAAAUUCUUUGCUGGGGUUGUAGAUUCUAUUGAAACAAAGACAUUUGAAUUGAUGUCGGCUAAUGUCAAGUAUGAGAAGCAAAGUUUAUUCUUCCCAGGAGGCAAUAUUGCCUUUUUUUACCAUAUGAUAAAAUUUUUCUUCAUUGCAUUGGCUAGUAUCGAAGGAUGAUAAUGUUUCUUGAACCUUGAAUUUGAAAGCUUCAAAGCUAAAAAUAUUUUUCCUAUGUUAUUUGGAUGCCAUUGAUUUUAUAGAUACCUUUGGAGGUA